CUUCAGAGUUAUAAAAUGAUGAGAGUCUCUUAUGCGGGACUUAUGAGAUCUGUUUACACUAUGAAUUCUGCUCAUAUGGCUUCGUAUAGAGAUAGGAAUAGUCUCGUUGAAUACCGCAACUAUAGUUCCUUGGCUAAAUGUAAAACUCAGGAUUCUUUACUUAGCCAGAGCAGUAGAAGCUUUAGUCACACUCCAAAGAAAGCAAGUGAAGAGAUUAACUACUGGAAUAUUCAUUACCCAAAGACUCCACUAUCAUUUGAGAAUGGGAUUUGUCUUCUUUAUCGUCAUAAUUUCAAUUUCACAAAGGAGGCUUUUUAUUUUGCAAGGACAGCAGGUAUUUCCACACUCUGUUUUUAUCUCUUCUAUAAAUCUUUAUUUGGAGCUUCAGGAAUCAUAAUGAAGCUAAUCAAGAGCGCAAUCACAGGAUUUGGAUUUGUGUUCUUCACGCUUUCUAGUCCUCCAUAUGCCCUAAAGUUUCUAAUGAGCAUUAAAGAACUAUACUUGGAAGAAAAUGGAGAAUAUGUAAUCGUCUCAACUUUCUUCGGGACUAAAAGAUUCCCAAUAUCAGGGAUCAAAGCAUGAAACAGAGAAAUGUAUAAAAAAUCAAUUGGAUGGGUCGAUAAUUGGAGCAUCAGAGUCAUCCCGCUUGAAUUUACAGGCAUAGAAGAUAAAGUUUACGUAUAUUACCUUGACAAAGAAGGCCAUUAUCUUCAUCGUGAUGUGGUUAAAGCUAUUUUUGGACGCACAGGAGCUGAUAAUGUAAGACAUAAAAAUCCACAGACAGGAAACUAUGAGAUUCCAGUCGUCCCAAAAGACUCAUUUAAAGGAAUAUCUAAGAUUGCUACCUUCCCAUACAUUGAUACUACUGCUGAAGAGAUUCAAUAAAUU